AUGGACGCAUUCACGCCAGGGUCGCAACACAGCGUCGACGAGAAGCACGCUGUCGAUAGCUCAGCAGCCGAUGGAGAUCGAGUCGAGGGCAACGUCGAUCGGGAUGGACUCAAGCUGGCCAAGGAUGGACGCACAGUGUUGGUUCCACAACCAACAGACGAUCCUAAUGAUCCCUUGAACUGGUCCUGGAGAAAGAAGCAUUCGGUCCUGCUGGCUUUGGCAACUAUCUCUUUCAUUCCUGACUUUGGUACUGCGAUGGGUUCCGUUACUCAGAUACCCCAGGCCAAGCAGUGGCACAAACCAGUCAACACGAUCGCCGAGAGCAUUGCGAUCAACACCAUGCUUUCUGGUGUGAGCGGUAUCGUGGUCGUCGCUCUAUCAAGCUUCUUCGGACGCGCGCCGGUCAUGUUUUGGAUGCGACUCAUUGUCCUCGGCGCGGUCUUUUGGUACGCCUUCGCACCAAGCUACAGUCAAUUCUAUUCCGCGAGGAUUCUUGUGGGCUUCUUCGUCGGGGUGGGCCAGUCAGGAGGGCUGAUGUGGAUUGAAGACAUGUUCUUCCGCCAUGAACUUCCAAGAAAGAUCAAUAUUUGGUCUGGAUUCAUCAUAGUCAGUCCUUACUUCGGGCCUUGGAUGGCGAACUUCGUGGUCUGGCGUGAGAGUUGGCGCUGGGUAUACUACAUCUACGCGAUCAUGAACGUUGUCGCCCUGUUCGUAGUAUGCGCUUUCAUCGAUGAGACGUUUUAUGACCGAAGGCUUUCGGACGACCGACAGCCAGCGUGGAGGUCUCGCAUCUUGAGACUUAUUGGCUGCGAACGCCAUGGACGGGAGUCCUGGUUGGAAGCUGUAUCACGCCCAUUCAUUGCGGGCACGAAACUUCCCGUGCUAAUCAUAACCGUGUAUUACUUUCUGAACUUCGCGUGGGUCAUUGGCGUGAACGCCAGCACUUCCGUGCUUCUCAAAGCCACCUACCAUUUCAACAGCAAACAGACAGCCUUGUUUUAUUUCGGUCCAAUCGUCGGUAGCAUCCUAAGCACCAUCCUCGGCCACUGGGUUCACGAUCUCUUUGGUCGACUGUACGUUCGCAUCCACGGCGGCGAAUUUGCGUCAGAAGCUCGACUGUGGAUCAUCUACGUAGCUUCGCCGUUCACCGGAAUGGCAAUCAUGUUGAUCGGAUAUGCCUUGCAACGUCAUUGGAACGUGUAUGGUCUCUCGAUCUUGCUUGGGGUCCAGAUUUUCGGCAUUAAUAUUAUCUCGACCGCUGUGAAUGCUUAUCUACUAGACGCAUAUCCCGAAGGCUCAAAUGAGGUCGACGUGUGGAUUGUACUGGGUAGAACACUGGGCGGGAUGCUGAGUACGUAUGAGCAGUUGCCGUGGGUCGCUCGAGAUGGUACGCACCCGCUCAUUUGUCCCUUGCUGUAUUAUCGCAAAGCGCUGAACCGAGUUGUAGGCACCGCCAAAGUGUUUUCCAUUCAGGCCGGCAUCACUUGGGCGUCACUUAUUUUCGUCGUUGUCCUACAGAUCUGGGCAGGCGGAUCAGAGAGUGGCAAGGCCCCAUGA